AUGACGAAGGUCAAUGACAACCACUCCGACGACAACGGAUACUAUUUACCCCAUCAUGGCGUGACCAAAGCAUCGAGUCAAACCACCAAACUCCGUGUAGUUUUCGACAGAUCGGCACCAAGCACUACCGGAACCUCCCUAAACGAUACACUUUACACAGGACCCAAGCUACAGGAAGAUUUAUUUUCCCCGUAUCUAGCUAUUCGGUGCCUCAAGCAACUGGCAGAGGACGAAGGACAUCGAUUUCCACGUACAGCAUCGACAGCACAGGUACUGCAGCGAGAUUUCUACGUCGACGACGCUCUCACCGGAGCUGAAACGAAGGACGAAGCCCUCACGCUCAGAACAGAACUCACCAAUUUACUUCAACUUGCCGGCUUAAACAUACGAAAAUGGGCGUCAAACGAUAAUGACUUAUUACAUGGACUUUCCUUAGAAGAAACAAAUCACCAACAUUUUUUGGGCGACUCGCAAACCUUGAAGACGCUGGGGGUGUUUUGGAAUUCAUCCGACGACUCCAUUCUUUACUCGGUCGAAGUCAAACCCACGCCCUCUCGAAUCACGAAACGAAUCAUCAGCUUGGAGAUUGCAAAAAUUUACGAUCCGCUCGGUCUGCUCGCACCGGUAAUUGUUCGGGCCAAGAUGCUACUUCAACGAAUAUGGUCGUCGAAAAUCGAUUGGGAUGAAUCACUUCCGAUCGAGUUACAUACAGAGUGGGAAAGGUACUAUGCCCAAUUACCCUUAUUAAACAACGUCAAGUUCCCACGCAAGGCAAUAAUCGAGUCCACAAUAGAAAUUGAAUUGCAUGGUUUCUGCGAUGCCAGCGAAAAGGCUUACGGAGCCUGUGUUUAUCUCCGAAUCCUUAACACCAACGGCCGUGUUUGGACCCAACUUUUAACCGCAAAAUCGAAAGUCGCCCCGCUCAAGUACCAGACCAUUCCUCGGCUCGAGCUGAGCGGAGCACUCCUUCUUACGUCCCUGAUGUCGACAGUACAACAAGCCCUAUCACACAAAAUGACUCGAACUAUCUAUUGGACCGAUUCCACUAUCGUCCUCCAUUGGCUCAAUACAUCACCUCACACCCUUAAAACAUUCGUCGCUAACAGAGUCUCCGAAAUUCAAACAAAAACCAGCAUCCGCGAUUGGCGCCACGUUCCUACCGACGACAAUCCCGCGGACUUAAUAUCACGCGGCCAAACACCCGAAGAGUUUCUGCGCCCAACCAUCUGGCAGCACGGUCCUGCAUGGCUCUACCAGUCGGAAGGCUACUGGCCGACAUGGGCGCUAACACCGCAAAUUGAAGUACCGGAGCAGAAAGGGGCGAUUUGUCUGUCCGCAAACCCCGCCGUUUACAACAAGGAAGGAAUAUUGCGAGUCGGGGAUCGACUCAGUCAUUCGUCGAUGACCUUCGCCCAGAAACAUCCCAUAGUAUUACCUAAGUCAUCCGUUACAACACGCAUCAUAGAACACGAGCACAAGAUCCACAUGCACUCCGGAACGCAGGCUACGUUAUACGCAGUAAGACAAAGAUACUGGCCCGUCGACGGUCGAAAUCAAGUAUGGCGGGCGAUCAAAGGCUGCGUCCGCUGCUGCCGCGCUACCACCGCCGGUAGAAUACGUGAUGGGUGA